AUGACGGUCAGGGUGUCUGAGCCUGCGGCUGCGAAGCCAGAGUCUCAGCCCGGCGGGGGCGUGGCUGGAUGUCGACGUCCAGACGCCUCUGAUGGUUCGGAGCCUGCAGACGCGGCCUCCCUUCCACGAGGAGCCACAUCCUUUCCCGGCUUCGAGGCCGAAACCAAGCAGAAGUCAGGACGGAGCUCGAGGGCUGAGGACUGGUUCAGCCCCGGCGAUUACCUCACACUGACGGGAUUUGGAAGGUGCCAGUGCCCAAGCCGAUCGCACUCCCUGAUUGGUGCCGAGUUGGUUGCGGAUGUUGGAGACCGCGGUGGCCGCGAGGUGGCGGCCCCGACUCGCACAUGUGGGCAGGGGAAGAGUGGGAAGCUGGCGGCGAGCCGGGGGCGGCACUGGCCUCCAGAGCCCGAGGCCAAGGCGGGCCUCGCGGGCAACGACGGAGCAGGGAUCGGUGCCUCCCGGUCAGACUGGAGACGCGGCCAGAAAUGGUGCUACCCAGCUCACGCCUGGGCCUUGGAACCGGGACUUCUUCAAGUCCUUCUAGCUCUGACUCAAGAACAUGCUGCAUUCUGGAACCACUUCACGACCCGACUCAGGAAUCGGCUCCGGAAGGUGAAGCUCCAGGAGCGAGAGCGGCCUGACAGCACCACCGUCGGCACGAGCCCCGCGGCGACCGUCACCCCCCGCCUGACAGCGUCAUCCCCGUGGCCACCCUGCCGUGGCCGGGCCACCACCAGCCGCCACGCCCCAGCGCCCCUCACCCUCUUUCUCUUCUAUCUUUCCUCUGGUCUCUCAUUUCCUUUCUUUGCUUUCCUUUGUGCCCGGGACACGCAAAGCCGCCAUGACUCUGUUUCCCCGUCCCUUCCGUACUCAAUUUGCACUAAGUCGUUUGCACUGGUUUGGAGUCAUGGAACCGGCCUCGAGUCCCCGAGCGAGUGUGCAAGCCAACUGCUGAGUGUGCUGGCCUCUGCGGCCCGCCCCGCGCCCGGCGCCCUCCUGCCACCCACCUCGGGGGGCUGCCUGGGUGCAGCCGUGUGUGGGAGGCCCCAACCCCCCCUCGCCUGGUCUGCAAGCCCCUGGCACGGAGCGCCCUCCUGCAGCUCCGCGGUAGAGCCCCUCGCCGGUGCCCCUCCCCACCAGGGCUUCACCAGAAGCCUUGGCCUCAUCAAUAAAUACAGUUACAGCAAUUUGUCUCAGGGACUCUGGAAUCCGAGCUGUUUGCCUGGGGGUGGGGGGCGCCUUGGGCUGGGGGAGGUGGGCACGGGGGGGUCGGGCCCCUCCACCAGCCCCCGAGGCACCCCGGGGCUGUGGGCAGUGCUCAGGGACAUGCGGCUGCGGUGGUCUCCAGGCCCCCUGGCCCGAGAGAUGAAGAAACCCGUCUCUUAG